AUGCUCUGCAUUAACAAAUUUCAAAAGCCUCAGAAAACUAACAAUUUGGUUAAGGGAUAAUUAAAUCAAAUAAGAAUCAAGAUAGGAGUUAAUGAAUUAAUUUACUAAACUGUAGAAAUUGGUAAUAAAAGAUAUAUACUUAUGAAUAUUAUCAUUUGCUAUACUAUUGUUAAUAUAAUACUAAAUUAUUAUAUAAUUCUAGUUAAGUCUAUUUUUUAUUACAUUAAUUGUAAGCAAAUUAUUUGUAAUUGUGAAUUCUUUCUUUCUAUUUUAUAUUCUAAAUAAUUUUUAAAUUGA